AUGCCUGAUCUAGAUUUGAAUCAGCCUAUUGAUUGGGAUGAAAUUGAGGAAUUUGAAGGAGGUGUACUAGAUUUGGACUAUGAUUUCCUUUGGGACCCCGGCCACGAAGGUGAUGGCGAUGACGACGAGAUAUACAACGACGCAGCUGAUGGCACGGAUGAAGCUAGGGCUGAAGGAGAGGCCGUGGCUCAACCUGAAGCUGGAGAAGCGAACAACGGUGUACACGCCAUGGACCAAACUGAAGAAACGGACAACGGUGCACAUGGCAUGGACCAAAAUGACGCCGCUGUCGAUGAAGCAUUCGAUUCAGGCACUCCUAACAAUAUCAAGAGGAGGAGGCACUACCCUCCUGACAUAAAAAGGGCCAUCUAUGCCAUGUGCUUAGAAAGAUCAGCUCCAGGCAUGAUGAAGGAAGGAGUAACGAAGUCCAUUGCUGCUAAUAUGGGUGUUCCGUGGAGAGUUGUCCAGCAGCGUAUGGCGAGAUGGACAAACUGGAAACUAAACUCACCUCUCCGGCUCUCCCUCAAUUACAAAGCUUCGCUCCUUCUUUCCAUCGUCUCGCUGACCACAUCGCGCUUCAUGCCCAUGGUGCUUCAGAGGAUUUCGACGUCGAAGCGAACUGACAGGACUGGUGAUUCGGACCAGAUCCAACCAGUGCACGUAGCAGAGUUUCCCCAAGUUGUUCGGAAUGCCCAAGCCAGCCUGCUACAGAAGAAUUUCUCUGGCAAGAACAUGCUUGCUGGUGGCAUUGAUAAAGAAACAUCUCUUGCGUGGAUGAUAUGUGGAAAUGAGCUUUUUAUAUGGAGUUACUUGGCUUCUGUUGCAAAAGACUGUAUUGUACUUGACAUUCCAUCUUCUCUUAUCAGAUACAGUGACGUGAAACCCCUCCUCGGUAUUCAGUGGACAGUUUGUAUAAUGAGAUGGCAUAAUAGUGGUGCAUCAACAAGGAACAGUGGAGAGAUGUUGCAUAGAAAAGGUUCAACUGGUGUGAUCCUCUGCAACAAAAGAACACAAGCUGUUGCUUAUUGGCCUGAUAUCUAUGCUGAAUUUAAUAGGAGCCUAGUUCUUAGUUCAUCAGGUUAUGGUGAGGUGUCUGCAUGUGAUGCUGCAUCUGAUUGUUUGAGGUUUAAUUCGCUUAUUGCGGCUGCAGUUCCAGGAUGUAUUCAUGAGUGCAUUGCAAUAGCUUCUGAGCCUGCAGGUGCUUUGUGGCUGUUCCAGUGUUCACCAGAAGGAAUUCGUCAAAGAAAAGUUCAUGCAGAUACAUUAGGAGAUGGUGGUGCCGAUCAUUCUCAGAAAAGUAAUGGUGGAAGGUCCUUGGUUUGGUUACCAAGUAAUGUCUCAUCUGAGGGUUCCGACCGGAAGUUCUUUUUAUUGACAAACAAUGAGGUGCAAUGUUGGAGUAUCUCAUUCUUGCAUGACAUCAAUGUACAAAAAUUAGGGUCUCACGGAAUUGUUGGUACUGACGGAGAUGUGGGCAUUAAGAAAGAUAUAGCUGGGCAGAAAAAUAUAUGGCUUUUGGACAUGCAGAUAGAUGAGCAUGGGAAGGAAUUUAGCAUUCUUGUUGCUACAUUAUGCAAAGAUAGGGUUAGCGGGUCAAACUACACUCAGUAUUCUCUUUUGACAAUGCUGUACAAACCUAACCAGAAGUUUUCGUCUGAAGAUAAUGUAGCUAAAGUUGAAAGGUUUUUGGAGAAAAAAGCUCCCUCUCAGGUGAUAAUUCCUAAGGCUAGGGUUGAGGAUGAUGAGUUCUUGUUCUCCAUGAGGCUAAAAACUGGUGGUAAGCCUUCUGGUUCUGUUAUCAUCCUGUCAGGUGAUGGAACAGCAACAGUGGCCAUGUAUUGGAGAGGUUCCACCCGACUUUAUCAGUUUGAUCUGCCUUGGGAUGCUGGAAAGGUCUUAGAUGCUUCCAUUAUCCCAUCAGCUGAGGACAGAGAUGAAGGUGCUUGGGUUGUUCUAACAGAAAAGGCAGGAGUCUGGGCAAUUCCUGAAAAAGCUGUAUUAGUUGGUGGGGUUGAACCGCCAGAACGCAGCUUGUCACGAAAGGGUAGUUGUAAUGAAACAAUUGCUGAGGAGAAAAGAAGAGGUCAGGGCUUUAGUGCUAGUGUUGUUCCCAGGAGAGUUAGCUCUGAGGCUUGGAGUGCUGGAGAGAGGCAAAGGCCUGCAUUAACUGGCAUAGCUCAGCAGUCUGUGGUUGAUGAAGAGUCUGAAAUGCUACUGAACCGGUUAUUUCAUGAUUUUAUAAUCUCCAGUGCAGUUAAUGAGGCACUUCAAAAGCUUAGAGCAGCAGGAGCAUUUGAGAGAGAGGGUGAGAUGAACAUAUUUGUUCGGACGAGCAAAUCCAUUGUAAACACAUUAGCUAAACACUGGACAACAACCAGAGAAGCUGAAUUUCUUGCCUCAACAAUUGUUUCAUCCCUUGUUGAGAAGCAGCAAAAACAUGAGAAAUUCCUUCAGUUUCUUGUCUUGUCAAAGUGCCAUGAAGAACUCGCUUCAAAGCAAAGAGCAGCAAUGCUAACUGUCAUGGAGCAUGGUGAAAAGCUCUCUGGAAUGGCGCACCUUAGGGAAUUACAAAACGCUCUUAUCCAGCAACGCUCAAGCACUCGUUUAUCACCUCAGUCGAAAACCCAAGGUACUGGCGCCCUUUGGAGCCUUAUUCAGUUGGUUGGUGAGAAAGCUCGAAGAAACACGGUUCUCUUAAUGGAUCGUGAUAACGCUGAAGUGUUCUACAGUAGGGUUUCUGAUAUAGAGGAUCUAUUUUAUUGUUUACCCCAUGAGCUUCAAUACAUCAUUAGUAGAGAAGAACACCCUUCUGUUCAGAUGCAACGUGCACUUGAGUUAGCAAAUGCUUGUAUCACCUUAGUUCAGGCAGCAUCACACUACAGGAAGGAUCACAAGGAAUGGUAUCCAUCUCCUGAAGGACUUAUAACAUGGAACAGCCAACCUGUUGUACGGUCUGGAAUCUGGAGUUUAGCAUCCUUGAUUAUGGAGCUUUUGGGAGAAUCAGGAGCUGCAGACAUGUCAAUGAAAUAUAGUCUAUGGUCUCAGCUGGAAGGACUCGCAGAUAUUCUACUGGAGGCAUAUAUAGGCCUUUUAACUGCCCAAUUUGAACGUGGGCAGGAACAUGGUGUGCUAGUCCAAGAAUAUUGUGAACGAAGAGAUGAACUUCUCAGAUCCCUCUACAACCUUGCUAAACAAAUAGUGGAGGUCAAAUACCAGGAGUCAAAAGAUGGUACGGACAAUCCAGAUCUGAAAGAAUCUAUAUUUAGAAAGGUUAUUUCUCCUAUUUUAGCAACAGCCAAACGACAUGAAGGGUACCAGACACUGUGGCAGAUUUGCUAUGAUCUAGAUGAUUCAGGUCUCCUCCGCAGCCUAAUGCAUGAUAGUGUAGGGCCUCAUGGGGGUUUCAGUUUCUUUGUUUUUAAAGAGUUAGUCAACAGAGGAGACUACUCUAAGCUGUUAAGGCUAGGUGAAGAAUUCCAGGAAGAGCUUGCAAGCUUUCUGAAAGAGCGGAGUGAUCUGCUGUGGCUUCAUGAGAUAUGCUUAAACCAGUUCUCAUCUGCUUCUGAGACCCUUCAUACCUAUGCUCUGCGUGGUAGUCCUGAUGGAGAUGCUAGCUUCACAACCAGCAGAAAGCCACUAUCCUUUGUUGAAAGAAGACGUCUUCUUUAUCUCUCUAAAAUUGCUGCAACAGCAGGUAAGGAUAUUGGUUAUGAAGUGAAGGUUCCACGGAUAGAAGCAGACAUGCGGAUUCUAAAACUGCAGGAAGAAAUUGUUCAGCAUGAUCCAGAAUAUGCACAAGUCAAAUAUACAAACACAUUGCUUGGUCCGUCAGAACUGAUUGAGAUGUGCUUGAGGAGAGACCGAGAGCUCUCCCUUAAAGCUUUUGAAGUAUUUGCUUUGACAAGCUCAUCGUUCCGAAGCUCCAACAGAGGCCUUCUAGAGGCAUGCUGGAUGAAUGCAACUGACCAGGAUGAUUGGGUAAAGCUUUCAGAGGCCUCCACGUUAGAAGGUUGGAGUGACGAAGUCAUCCAAGAAUCUCUUCAAGCAACUGUCCUCUUGAAAGCUUCCAUGUUGUGUUACAGCCCGGAUGCUGUGGUGUAUGACGGCACCUUUGAGGAUGUGCUGCCUGUGAAGAAAGAGGAUGUACAUCUUAGAGGUUUGGAGAGCAAAUGCUUGUCAGUUGAAGAAGUGCUGAUGCAGCACAAGGAUUUUCCAGAUGCUGGUAAAUUGAUGAUGACUGCAGUGAUUAUGGGCAAAGAACUAGCUUUUACAGCCACAGAACCUGUGGAGAUGGACUCAUAA